AUGGAAGCAGCACCGGAACAUGGAGAAGUGAUUCCUGAAUCGACAGACCUAUCAACAUUAGAAGAACACGAGAAGAAGAGACAAGAAUCCUCGACUUCUAUUUCCAGCAAUUCAUCAUCUCCCAAGAAGAGAAGACCAAGUCUGAAGAAGGUUCGACGAGGAUCGCAUCACAUCGCCAAUCCAUUUUCAGUGAUCAAGCAUAAGGCUGGAAGUGCAAUUGGACACGUCUUUCACAUAUUUUCACACCAGAGACAUCAUGAUGAUGACAAUGACGGUCAUCACGACGACGGUCAUCAACACAUAAUAACUGAAACAGUGCAGUCUCAACCAACCAGAGUUCGGGGUGGAGUCCGACUACGAGGGUGUUCUACAGAUGAUGAACAUCGCUCUAAAACACGAGAAUUGGUUCUUAUUUUGCGGUCAUCCAAAGGAGAAGAUGCUCUUUUGGCAACAGGAUUCGAGUACAGAACCAUUUCGCCGAGUGCUGAUGCUAAAUCUGAAGCCCCUGAUUUGCACCUAGAAACGGAAGAUGAAAUUGAAGAGGAACGCGACCCAGCAGAAUCAGCCAUCAAUGAUCAUGAAGCAUCAAAAAAUAGUGAAUUUGACGGUCCGGAACGAUGCCUUCCUUCAGCUCGGCUUUUUCACAUUGAAUCUGAUACAAUGAUUACGUCAGAGAAUCGAAAAGAAUUCAUCGCCGACGGAGAUAUGUAUGAUGCACUAGCGCAUGCCUGUCAAGAGUGUGCACAAGAUGUCAUGAUGAAUGUUGGAGAUUUGGAAUGGGUCGACGUCUGUGAGGCUGGGAAUAAUGCGGAACCGAUACGAGCAAUCGUUAGCAAGGCAAUCAACGCCGACAAAGAGGCCAUCGACAAGACGCCAACCCUCUUGAUUGCCACAGGGAAUGGAAAAGUACGAGCAGGGAUCUUUUCACGACAGCAUCUCAUCUGUAACGGAAUGGAAUGCAGUACGGCCCUCCCCAUUGUUCGAGAAGCUUGUAGACGAAAGAUGAAUGUCAUCAUGCUGGAUCCCAAUGUUCAUGGCGACCGAUUGGGUAUGAUUACCUUUGAGAAGAGCAUGGCGAAAGUCUUUAAGUCAUGGGAAGACGAGACUUGCUCUGCUGAUCGCCCGCCUCUGGGUAGUCGAGACUUGUACGUUUUGUCUCAUUCCCAAUCUGGUGCCCAAUUUGCCGGAUACCUGCUCGACAAGUCCAAACACUAUCUGCCCCACAUACGGGCCAUUGCAUUCACAGACUCGACUCACAACAUUCGAUGGGCACGAGAAGACAACAAUUUGCUCCAACUAUUAGAAUCUGAAAAGAGUGUGUACUUUAAGGUUUCCAAGGAAGGCACCAGCGAAAAUCCAUCACUUGGACCGUUGGAAACUCUGGGGACGGAAAUUGCUACAGAUGCACAAUGGCAAGACCGAUUUGGCCAGAUAAAGACCAAAUGCGCAGGAACAACAGAACAUUCCUUGACCAAUUGGUUUGCGCGAAACCAAAUAUGGGAUCAUUUCGACAACUUUUUGAAGACGAGCUUCGGAGACUCGUCUGAAGACAACAAUGUUCAAGCUAAUAAAACGAGGGACGAUAAACCUUAA